CCGCGGGGCCCGGUGCCGCUCCCCGGUGCCGCCGGGCUUCCGGGUGCCGGGCUCCCCGCCGCCGCCUCCGGCUCCUCCAUGUUUGUUGUCGGCAGCGCUGUCCAGCCGCCGCCGCUCGCUCCCCGCAAGUCGGCACACAAAGCUGGUCCCAGAUUUGAGCGACAGCGAGACACCCUGAUGUGUGAGCCUGGGGCACGCCAUGGAUCUGACUAAGAUGGGGCUGAUCCAGCUGCAGAACCCCUGCCACCCCACCGGGCUGCUGCACAAAGCCAACCAGAUGCGCCUGGCGGGGACGCUGUGCGACGUGGUCAUCAUGGUGGACAGCCAGGAGUUCCACGCGCACCGGACCGUGCUGGCCUGCACCAGCAAGAUGUUCGAGAUCCUCUUCCACCGCAACAGCCAGCACUAUACCCUGGACUUCCUCUCGCCAAAGACGUUCCAGCAAAUCCUGGAGUACGCGUACACUGCCACCCUACAAGCCAAGGUCGAGGACCUGGAUGACCUGCUCUAUGCUGCCGAGAUCCUGGAAAUUGAGUACCUGGAGGAGCAGUGCCUGAAGAUCCUGGAGACUAUACAGGCCUCCGAGGACAAUGACACCGAGGUCGCCAUGGCUGAUGGAGGUGCCACUGCCACCACUGAGGAGGAGGAGGAGAAGAAGUCGAGGUACAUCAAGGGCCUCUUCAUCUCCAAGCCCACUGGUGAGGAUGGUGGCUAUGCUGGCAUGGCCAGCCAGAGUCUGCUGGCAGCCACAGUGGAGCAGAGCCCCUCUGCCUCCGUAUCCUACUGCUCCCUCUCUUCCAUGAGCCCCACCAAGGCGGCGGUGGACAGCUUGAUGACCAUCGGGCAGUCACUGCUGCAGGGCGCCCUGCCACCCAGUGCCCCCGAGGACUCACGCUCUGCCACCACCCGCCGGCCCUCUGGCCUCGCCGAAGUCAAAACUGAAGCAAUGCAGGUGGAUGAGGCCUCCAGCCAUGACAGCCCCCGGACAGCCGAGCCCGGUGCCUCCAGUGGGGAGAAGCCUGAUGAGAAGGGCAAGGAAGGACCUGGCACCCCGACCCGCAGCAGUGUCAUCACCAGUGCCCGUGAACUGCACUACACCCGUGAGGAGGGUGCCGAGCCACCCCCUGAGCCCGGCCAGGGGCUGCCGCUGGGGCCGGAGCCGUGCGCCGCUGCCCCGGGAGAGAAGCCCUUGGGCAUCUACUCGCUGCUGCCGAACCACAAGACUGAGCCGGUGCUCGGCGUGCCGCCCACUGCGGCGUCUGCCCUGCACGUGCAGCCGGCCCUGGCUGUCUCCAUGGACUUCAGUGCCUAUGGUGGGCUGCUGCCCCAGGGCUUCAUCCAGCGGGAGCUGUUCAGCAAGCUGGGGGAGCUGGCAGCCGGCAUGAAGACAGAGAGCAGAGCCCUGGGUGAGCAGUGCAGCGUGUGUGGGGCAGAGCUGCCGGACAACGAGACCCUCGAGCAGCACAGGAAGCUGCACAGUGGGAUGAAGACGUACGGAUGCGAGCUGUGCGGGAAGCGGUUCCUGGACAGCUUGCGGCUGCGAAUGCACUUACUGGCUCACUCAGCGGGUGCCAAGGCCCUGGUCUGCGAUCAGUGUGGCGCCCAGUUCUCGAAGGAAGAUGCCCUGGAGACGCACCGGCAGACGCACACCGGUACAGACAUGGCCGUUUUCUGCCUGCUGUGCGGCAAGCGGUUCCAGACGCAGAGCGCCCUGCAGCAGCACAUGGAGGUGCACGCCGGGGUGCGCAGCUACAUCUGCAGCGAGUGCAACCGCACCUUCCCCAGCCACACCGCGCUCAAGAGGCACCUGCGCUCCCACACAGGCGACCACCCCUACGAGUGCGAGUUCUGCGGUAGCUGCUUCCGGGACGAGAGCACGCUGAAGGGCCACAAGCGCAUCCACACCGGGGAGAAGCCCUACGAGUGCAACGGCUGUGGCAAGAAGUUCAGCCUCAAGCACCAGCUGGAGACCCACUACCGAGUCCACACAGGUGAGAAGCCCUUCGAGUGCAAGCUGUGCCACCAGCGCUCCCGGGACUACUCGGCCAUGAUCAAACACCUUCGGACCCACAAUGGCGCUUCCCCUUACCAGUGCACCAUCUGCCUGGAGUACUGCCCCAGCCUCUCCGCCAUGCAGAAGCACAUGAAGGGCCACAAACCAGAGGAGAUCCCCACUGACUGGCGGAUAGAGAAGACCUAUCUCUACCUCUGCUACGUCUAAGGGAGGAGGCAGAGGGGCAGCAGGGCCAAGUGGCAGAUGACUGGGCAAAAAAAAUCCCACCAAACCCGCAGCAUCCAUGGCCUUGUUUGUUUUCAGUUCUCAUUCAUUUCUUCUCGCCGGAAGGAUCCCGCAGCUCAUGCCGGACCAAGGGACGCACCGGCCCCUUCUCCAGCCCCAUCCACACUGCUGUCCCAGCUGCUCGUGCGCCUGCUGCCCUUUCACCCUUGCUGCAGGGCAGAUUUCACCCUUUGCAACCCCCAGCCAGGCCCUCCGCCACCCUUGGCAUUGGCCAUUAGUGCUGCUGGGAGGACCAUGUAGGAAAGAGGCACUUCCCUAAAAGCGUGUGUACAGCUAGUGCUCUGGGAAGGCUUUAAUUCCUGGUGUCCUGUCCCUGCAUAGACCCUGCCGUGGAUGCCCUGCAGAGGACCUGAGUUCCCAUGUGGGGCUUGGGCCCCAUUCUGGCAGGUUCUCAUGCUCCCAGGCUGCGGCAUCGCAGGCAGGAGAGCACAGUGCCCUGUGAGCCACAAGUGCUUUGGCGAGAGUGUCCUGGGGGCAUCCUGGCCAGAGGAGGGUGUUUGGGACAGGGAGCCAGCUGUGAGCCAGGCUGCCUUGAGGUAUUGCCUGGUGUCCAGGUGGGCUCAGGGGCACAGGAUGCUGCUGCUCUCCCCAUGACCAAAGACCUCUCUAUGCAUUUCUCCCUCCUUCCCUGCCUUCCCAGGGCAAGGGUGAAGCCCCCCAUGGGGAGAUGCAGUUGGUUUGGUGAUAUGCAGUCAGUGCCAGUGUUGGAGCUGUUAGCGUGUGGCAUCACUCCGAAUGCAGGGAUCCUCUUUUCUUCUGCUGAUUUGGGGCACCUGGAAGGUGCCAAGUGUGGGGUUUUUUGCCCAGCCCUCAGCCGCAGGAGCCCACAAGUAAGGGGUGCCCCGUGGCAGGCGGCUUUGCUCGCCGCUUUUUUUGCUUUUUGUUUGGGUUUUUUUGAACUUUCUUUUGGAAUAUUUCCGCAUUUAGCACAUUUUACUUGAAAUUACCUCAUUUUUUUGUGACCUCAUGAGCUUUUAUUGAUUUGGGAGGGACAGGGGGUGGCAUGGCUGGGGUGCACCAGCCACGUGCCCAGCAUUGGUGGUGGAGAGGUGGUAGGGCACUGGUGCCCCUGCCAGCCUCCUGUUGUGCAUUAUCCUUACCAAAACUGGUAUUUUUUGCCUGGCCCCAUGGGGCUGGGGUGUUGGUUCUGAAGCUACCUCUUGUGUUUGUUUUUGUUGUGUUUC